AUGAAUCGGCCGACCCAUAUCAUCGACCCAGGAGGGGACGUGAUGUUGGUGCUUUCUCCCCAAGACGAGUCCGAGUACUCAACCCCCAUGGGAACUAUUGAUGGAGAUGUACCCGAGGAAACCACCGAUGAGCCGGUUGAAGAGAUUUUCUACAUUCAAGUCUCUGCGAAACAUUUGAAGCGUGCAUCGCCAUUUUUCAGAAGCCUUUUCCUUGGCGCCGGGGACAAAAGCCAAAUUUAUGAGCUGAACGGCUUGACCCAUAUUGAUGAAUAUGGCUGGGAUCUGGACGCGCUCUUGAUUGUGCUUCGUGGGAUCCAUGACCAGCACCAGGACAUACCGGAAAAUCUGACCCUCGAGAUGGUCGCCAAAGUUGCUCAAAUAAUGAAACAUUAUAGAUGCAAGAAAGCCCUUUCCAGCAUAAUCAGUAAGUGGAUCACGAAUCUGGAGGAUAUUCCUACGACGUAUUCUCAGGAUUUAAUGCUGUGGGUGUGGAUUUCCUGGGCUUUCAAACUCCCUGCCCAGUACAACCAAUCAACCUCGGUAGCCAUGUCAUGCAGUAAACACGAGUUUAACAACUGGACCAUUCCACUUCCCAGAAGCAUCAUCGAAUUGAUGAACAGAGGUAGACAGGAGGCCAUCGAAUACCUGCUCAUUAGCCUUCAUAACACACACGAGACCUUUCAGCUGGGCCAUGGAGGCUGUGACGUUUUGCGUCCGUCUUUUUGUGGAUCUUUCUCCACAAUGCUGCAGUGCACGAUUUUUCUCGCAAUGGAUCAUGACGUUCCUUUCAAGAAUUUGAAUUAUACGUCUCUCGUGGAGAUGAUCUUGACAUUCCACGCAAAAGCAUAUUGCGCACACUGUACAUCCUUGCUCCCAUUUGUGGAAUUGAACGGCUCUGUUGGAGGAUUGUUCCUACACCAACGUUCCUAG